GCUAGUCACGCUGUGGGGUUCAGACAGGUCUGGCUGGCCACGAGCUGUACUGCUGCUAUAAACAACCUCUGUGUCCCAAAUUAAAUAACCACAGAGUACACUCAGGAGCUCUGGACACUCGUGUUCUUUAGUAGUAGGAGAAGCUUAAUGUCAACAGUAUGGGUCAUCAGGUGAUAAUAUUUGACUUUUCUCUCAUAAGAGGACUGUGGGAAACUCGAGUUAAGAAGAACAAAGAACGUCAGAGGAAAGAGAAAGAAAGAUUAGAAAAAAGCUCAUUAGAGAAGAUAAAGCAGGAAUGGAACUUCAUACUGGAGUGCCGGAAGAAAGGCAUUCCCCAAUCAAAGUACCUUAAAAAUGGCUUUGUAGACACAGAUGAGAAGGUCUUGGACACAUAUGGAAAGACUCCUCAGCUCCAGAAGAAACGUGCUCUGUCAGAUGAAGCAAAUAAGGAAAGAAACAAGUUUAUUUUUCAGCUUUCUGGGCAGCAGUGGACGGAAUUUCCAGAAUCUCUGAAAGACCAGACCUUUCUGAAAGAAUGGCAUGUAAGCAAUACAUUGAUUCAAACCAUUCCAGACUACAUUGCUUUGUUUCAAGAGCUGAGAGUUCUGGAGCUGUCAAAAAACCAAAUCAACCAUCUCCCAGUGGAAAUUGGCUGCUUAAAAAAUCUCAAAGUGCUCAAUGUGAGUUUUAAUAAUUUGAAGUCAGUCCCUCCGGAACUGGGUGACUGUGAGAAUCUGGAAAAACUGGAUUUGUCUGGAAACAUGGAAAUAAGAGAGCUCCCAUUUGAACUAAGUAACCUGAAACAAGUCACAGUUGUGGACGUGUCAGCAAACAAGUUCCCUUCUAUUCCAAUUUGUGUACUCCGGAUGUCUAAUUUGCAGUGGUUGGAUAUUAGCAGCAACAACCUGAGAGAUCUCCCAGAAGACAUAGACAGGUUAGAUCAACUGCAGACACUUCUCUUACAGAAAAACAAAUUGACUUAUCUUCCACGAGCUCUGGUUAAUAUGCCAAAACUCAGUUUGCUAGUUGUCAGUGGUGAUGACCUGGUUGAGAUACCCACAGCCAUCUGUGAGUCAACCACAGGUUUAAAAUUUAUAAGUCUCAAGGACAGCCCAGUUGAAACUAUUGUAUGUGAAGACACUGAAGAAAUUAUAGAAAGUGAACGUGAACGGGAGCAAUUUGAAAAAGAGUUUAUGAAAGCCUACAUUGAAGACCUAAGAGAAAGGGAUUCUGCUCCUUCCUACACUACAAAAGUAUUACUCAGUCUUCAGCUCUGAAGAUCAAAAAUCUCUAAAUUACUAGUGGAUAUCAGAAUAUUUCUAUUUUUAUCUACAUGAAUAGAAAACCCUGAAAUCAUAGACUUCCAGAAACACUUCAAAAUCAUCAUGGAUUUUUUUAUUUGUUAUUAUCGUUGCUCCCAGUUACUACAAAUAAAACAAAGAGUGGUAGAGCCAUCAUAAGAUGCUGUUUCACCUUUUAAAUCAACACGUUUAUUCUUUGUGUCCACUGCAACAGGUGCUAAACAUAGUACUGAUGAAAGUAAAUACUUAUAGUAAUAAAGUGUACCUGUGCAUAGAUGCCUCCAGGAUGUUGUAGCUGAAACAGUGAAACAUGCUAAAAAUUAUUGGAUUUUACAAGAGAGAAGGAUUAAUUUAGAAACUGAAUGUGAUCUAUUGUAUCUUUAAGUGAGGUCUAGGCAUAAGAUGUAUAAGAAUGAGUUAGCUGGAAAAAAUAUUAUGUUGCUUGCUGUUUAAUAAUCUGUUUAUAUAUAAGCGUAUGUAAGUGUAUAUACUGUAGAGUUUCAGAAAUCUAGUUUUACAUGUUUUUAGUCUAAUAAAUCUAUACUUUUUAAUCUAAAAAGACUUGAGACUUUGAGAAUUUAGUCUCAAAUCUUAAAAAUUAAAUAAUCCUAAACUUUUAUGAGUGCAAUUAGGGCAAAUUAUAUUUAGAGUGUAUUUGCUUUUUUAUUACAUCUGAGCUAUGUCUGGUUUUGUGCAGUAGUGUGCUGCUUGAGUCAGUAAUAUUUAAAAAGCAGAGCAACAAAGGUUGUUCUCCCCAAGGCUUCUAUUUUAAAAAAUACUGUUUUCAAUGUCUUCUUUCCUUUAUAACUUUUUUAGUAUUAGAUCUUCUGAAAGAAGAGAACAUGUAAAUAAUAGAUGUGUUAUUUAUUUAAGUCACAAACUCCAGCAGUAAUAUUACUACCCAAAAUGAAUCCCUCUGCAGUUGGUCUCUAAGUGCUAAUUCUGAUUUUAAGCAAGUCCUGGAGCAAUUAAAAAGUUUCAAAAAAAAAAAAAAUGCAGUAAAACUGUUUUGUCACUUUUUUG